AGGGCCAAGUUCGGCGCGCUCCCCCCAUUGCUGCCCCCGGGCCCGGCGGGGUGAAGGGCUGGCAGCCCCGCUCCCUGCCCGAGCCCCGCUGGGCAAGGAACCCCCGGGGCCCCGCUGCACGGCCAGCUCCACCCCUGCCCGCGGCUUCUGCCCGGCACCGGGGAGCCCGGCUUCGUAACUAGCCGCACCGCAGCGAACUUCAGCUGCUGGGACUUGUCACCCGGGCGGGGCAGGGGGCCGGCCGGGAUAUAAAUAGCCGCCACCGCCGCACUGGGAGCCGGUCGCCGGGGGCGCGGGCAGAGUCUCCAAGGAGCCUGUCGCCCGGCCUCUGGUGCCGGAGCGAGCGAAGCUUUAGCCAGCCCCCAGAGCCGGGACCUGUAGCGGGAGCGUCUCGCCAGCCCGGGGGAGGGGCCCUGCAGCCCCGCCCACUCGGGAAAACAGGUGGGGAAAGACCCCGCAGCCCUCCGGGCACAGCGUCCGCUCCCACCGCAGCCCGGCGAGCCCAGCCCCCUUCGCCCGCCCGCGAGAGACGAGCCGCCCCCCAGCUUGGGGACAGAAGUACAGUGCCCUGCCCGCUGGCAGCCCGGCUCCCCCCGCCCUGGGACUGGCCGGAGGAGCCCAGAGCCAGCGCCUGGGACUGGCCAUCGGACCUGGUGGCAGGAGGACAUGCAUCUGUUGACCUGCAUCUGUGCUUGCAUUGACUGCUGUUAUGCUGGCCAAGCAGGUGUUGAGUGGCUAUGGUGAUGAACCAACAACAUUCCUUGUGGAACGAAUUCUCAUUGGAUUCCAGUGUAAUUUGUAGCUGGCCAGCUGUAAAAGUCGCCCAUCCAGAAUUCAUUGACACUUCCUUCCUCCUCUUGCCGAGCCAUCCACAGCAAUUGUUUCAGUGUUUUCAUAAAAGCGUCCUGUUAUCCUUUGCCAGACUGAAUCGUUCAACAGAGCUGCUCAUUCCCCAUGUGUGCUGUCGCUCUCUGAACAUGGCUGGGGGGCAGGCUGAUGGGUGUCGGGAUUCUGAAAGGAGUCUCAGUCAAGCUCUGUGUAGCGAACCCGGGAAGCCAUCCUUCACAUGAUGGGAUCCUUGGGUGCCCACAAUGCCCAUCACUCAAGAGAACGCUAUGCUCUUCCUCCCCCUCCUGGAUCAGUGGCUACAAAUCAGCUUGAGGGAGGAAGUGGAAGGGCCAGAGCAGAGGCUGUGUCAGUCGGCCAUUGAGAAGCUGAGAGAGUACAUACAGCUGAAUUUUUCCAUGGAUGACAGCGAACUGCAGCAUAGUGGUCCCAGCAUGUUAGACAUGGAAAUCUGCACGCUCUACCUUACCAAGGAGAUGGACACAAAUGAAGCUUUUGGCUUAAGUUUUGGGAACAUCCCUGCUUUUGGAGACUAUGGAGAGAAACGGAGAGGAGGGAAAAAGAGGAAAGGGCACAAAGGCCCAGUGCUUGAUGUUGGCUGUAUCUGGGUAACGGACUUAAAGAAAAGCAGUCCAGCAGGGAGAUGUGGGAAAGUACGACUGAGGGAUGAGAUUCUUUCCCUGAAUGGACAAUUAAUGGUUGGAGUGGAUGUUAGCGGGGCAAGCUACCUGGCUGAUCAGUGCUGGAAUGGCGGCUUCAUCUACCUGAUCAUGUUCCGUCGCAUUAAGCGCAAAGCCCCUCUUCCUCCAUCAAAUGGCAACAACAGCAACAGCUGUGAACCCAAAGCAAAGCCUACCUCAGAGCGAAGUGACAGAACCGCUCAGAAUGGGAAAAGAACUAGGAAGUUUGGGGUCAUUGCCAGAAUUCCGUCGGGAAAGGAUAGCAAGGGAAGCAAAGACAGCCAGAAUUCUGAACAGGAAAAUGGACACCACAUGCCUAUGGAGGUGGAUGGCUCACGGCCAGAGGCAUCAGAAGCAGCAAGCAAUGCAGAGGACCGGUUUCGAAACGCUGACUCUGAGGGACGCUACAGGUCUCGCCGUUCUGAUGGUGGGGUACCAGACCUGAAACCAAGUGACCUGCCUGCACAGCGAGAAGGAUGUCGCAUAUGGAAGAUGCACAUGAUGAAGGGAACGGACGGGCUGGGCAUCCAGAUUACAGGAGGAAGAGGUUCAAAGCGAUCCCCUCAUGGCAUUGUUGUUGCGCAUGUUGAGGAAGGAGGCUCUGCUCACAGGGAUGGUAGAUUGACGUCUGGUGACGAGCUCCUAAUGAUCAAUGGUCAGUCUUUGGUUGGACUCUCCCAUCAAGAAGCUGUGGCUAUUCUGAGAUCUGCUACCGGUCUAGUGGAGCUUGCGGUUGCUAGCAGGGAAGGGACUGAAGAGGAGUCUCUGAAGUAUCCAUCUACAAGUUUGCCUGACUUACUUAGCACCUGUUCAGUCCAAGAUGCUGCCUCUUGCACUGAUAACAAAGAGAAUGAAGAGCCAGAGGAUGAAGAAGCCAAAGGAGUGAGCGCAUCUCCUGAAGCACAGGUUGCUAUGAUAGAAACAGAUAAAUCUAAAGAUCCUGCUAAUGUGGAAGUGACCAAAGAGAACUGCCAAAGUCCGUUGCUGGGAGGUGGUAUAUUGAAAUACAGAAGCCGAUCCCAAGGGGCUGGAUCCCGUUUAGAAUCUGUGGGAGAAAACGAUGAACUGACUGUGGAGAAUGAUGAAUCAAAUUAUGAAAUAGCAGUGAAAUAUUCCCGGGGUGGGAGAAAACAUUCUCUUCCCCAGCAACUUGAAUCCUCAGGAGCGAGGCAGGAAUAUCAUAUUGUGAAGAAAUCUACACGCUCACUGAGUGCAGCUCAGGUGGAAUCACCAUGGAGACUGGCCCAGCCGUCCAUUAUUUCCAACAUUGUCCUGAUGAAAGGACAAGGCAAGGGCCUUGGAUUUAGCAUUGUGGGAGGCCAGGAUUCUGCUCGUGGACGCAUGGGGAUUUUUGUGAAGACUAUAUUCCCAAAUGGCGCAGCUGCUGCUGAUGGAAGACUUAAAGAAGGGGAUGAAAUUCUAGACGUUAAUGGAGAAUCUUUACAAGGGCUGACCCAUCAAGAGGCCAUUCAGACAUUUAAGCAACUCAAGAAAGGUGUAGUGACCCUCACCGUGCGCACGAGGCUGCGUAGUCCGAGCCUUACCCCGUGUCCAACUCCCACAUUACUGAGCAGAUCAAGCUCCCCAAGCUCGAGUGCCAGCGGAGGAACUCCUGCACCUGGCUCAGAUGAUGGAGAUGCGUCUUCCUUGUGUCGCAAAGGCCCAGGACCAAAGGACAGGAUCGUCAUGGACGUGACACUUAACAAAGAGCCAGGGGUUGGGUUAGGCAUUGGUGCCUGUUGUCUCACACUGGAAAAUAGCUCUCCAGGAAUAUACAUUCACAGUCUGGCCCCAGGAUCAGUGGCUAAAAUGGAUGGCAGAUUAAGCCGCGGUGACCAGAUCCUAGAGGCAGAUUCAGUGAGUCUACGCCAUGCAGCACUGAGUGAAGCCUAUGCCAUUCUGAGUGAAUGUGGUCCGGGUCCAGUUAGCCUUAUCAUUAGUCGUCAUCCCAAUCCCAAGGUUUCUGAACAGGAGAUGGAUGAAGCAAUAGCAUGCACCACGCAUCGAGAGAGCAAAGAUGCUUAUUCCCCUCAUGUCAUAGGGGUUCUGCAGAAAAGUCCAUCCCCUAGUGUGAAGGCCAAACAGGGAGAGGCCUCAUCACCCCUGAGCUGGACAAUGAAACGAUUCCUGGAGCCAGCAAGUCGGCAGGGAUCUGUCAGUUCUGAAACAGAGCUUUCCCAGUACUUUGCACAAGAUGGGCCAAGUCAGAUGUCAUUUUCUGACUUGCUAGUAACAGGCUCCAGUGAUGAAGAGCAGCUCCGUCAGAAAAGUGGGAACAGUUCUUUGGAUGACAGCUCUCUUCCUCCAAGCAACCCAACUGCUAAAGAAGGAGGAGUGAGCAAAGCAGAUAGUCUUGCUUCACCAACCAGUGGAAAGUCACCUGGUCUUUUCAGCAAGCAUGUGGAAUCUGCCCAACUGGGAAGCCUUAAUGGUAGCCCCACAUCUGUUCGCAGCCCCCUGCAGAGGCAGAGAAGGGUUGUUUUCUAUGAUGGUGAUGUGAGUGAUGAGGAUGAUUUUGUCAAGCAAGAAGAUGCCCACUUCCAAAGGGGCCAGCAGGACAGGAGCCAGACAAACACUGAGGAAGAUUCUGCCAUCAUUAUCACUUCUUCCGUUGAAGCUGACGAUGAAGGCCAGGAUGAUGAAUUGUCUCGACACACUGGAAGUAAGACAGCUACCCCUGUGUUCAACAGCUCCUUGAUGUCUGAGGAGAGUGCCCUGGAGCAAAUGACGGACUCUUCCUUCUUUCAAAACAAAGCACUCGAUUACUCGGGUAUGCCUGAGAUUCCUCCUAGUAAUCUGGGAGUGAAGGAGCUCCGAGAGGCACAGCUUGACUCUCUGAGAUCCCCUAAACUAGAGCACAAAGCAGUCACAAGAGUAAAAAGUAUGAUGAGUGCUGAGUGCCGAAAUCUUCCAAGGCAGAAAAUCAAGGAGCACAGUUGUUGUCAUAAGCCUCUUGCCAGGACACUUCCACACAGCAAAAAGACUGAACCACCCGACAUCCCCAGGCAGAGCAGUGCUGAAACAAUAAAUCUGCUUCGGAAUGAAGAUGAAUCAUUUGGUCUGGAUUUGGAAAUCCAGACCACUCCCGUGAGAGUUGUGGUAACAGGUUUACGACCAGGCGGAGCUGCUGAAAGGGGAUCUCCGGGAAAGCUGGCAGUAGGAGAUGAGAUUUUGUCCAUCAACAGUAUCCCACUCAGUGGAAUGACAUACCAGCAAAUCUGUCUGUUCAUACAGAAUCUCCCCAUGUCUGUUACACUAGAUGUGCAAAAGGCAGUAUCAGCUAUGGACAAACUUACAAACCUCCGUCUGUCUUCAGGAACUGAUGGUUCAGAUCAGGCUGACCCUUGCAGCAUCCUUGUUGGGGAAGAGGAAACCAGUUCUGGAAAAUGUGAAGAGAAAACUUUGCAAAAUGAGAAUCCAAACAACGUCAAAAAGAUAACAAUGCUGCCACCUGAUGCCGAGAGUGAAGAGGUGCAGGCAGGUCCCUCAGCGGUCAGCUGUGCCAAGGAUGACACUGUGAGCCCAAUCACUGAUAUUGAUGACUUCGUAAGCAAAUUGAAUUCUUCAGAGGAUAGAACUUCUCCGUCUCUACCGUCAGUGGCAAGCCCCAGAGAUGAGUGCCCUGUCGAGUGCAGUUGUGAAACAGAAGAAGGUUGUUCUACUAAUUCUGAGCCAGAUAGAGCACAGAAGGAGCUACAUGAAAAAACUGUGAAUUGUGUAGCUAAUGCACAGGGGAUUUGGGAUUUAACGGUACUGGAUUCCAUGAAUACAGGCAAACUUUUUACUGUGAAUAAAAGCUGCUUAAAUAACUAUUCUAGAAAUUUUAGUAGUCUAAGUGUAGAUGAUUUGCCUUCAGCAGACACCAUGGAAGAUACAAGAAAUGAACCAUUUCCAAAAUCUAUGUAUGGUGCUGCAGAGGAUUCCCAUUCAGACUCGGAAUCUGUCACCGAAGCCCCAGACGCUGCUGGCGAGGUUUUGCUCUUACCAUCAGCUGAUAGUAAAUCCUCUGAAACAUGCCAUGUUACAGAGUCAGAUGAGGAGCAAAUUGAAAUUUGCUGCAUGAAUAAUGAGCCACAACAUUCCAUUCGGGAGCAUCUGCAGCUCAUGUCUCCUGGAAGUGUAUUCCAUCAUUCCUCACCAUCCUCUCAUGUGGCAGAAGUUGUACAAACAGAGAGCUGUGGUUCAUUGGAUACAAACAAUGACAAAGCUCCACUUAUACUGGAAGAUCAAUGUAAUUCAAUUCCACAUAUCCCACAACAUUUAAAUGUUGUUCCUGCUGUUCCUGUGCAUGCUUUUCCCUCAGUUUCAAUUCCAGAUGAAGAUGCCCUAAAACCUCCAUUGGGUAUUCAUCCAGUUAACUCCUUCCACAACCACAGUGCCUUAAGUACAGAAGACAGAAUGGACGUGGAGAGCAGUGACAAAUUUGUGAAGCCAUGCGAGUCUUCCAAAGACAAUUUGGAUUUGCAGAGCAAAACUGAGAGUUUCUGCACUGCUGGAAACAUGAAUGGCUUGGAAAAUAAUUUGCUGGACAAAGAACAUGAUAAAGAACAAGGAUCUACAUUUGAAAGUGAACUAGUGGCUUCUGAGGGAAAGGUUAGUAAUCAUUCUGCUUUGACAAAGAAAGAAACAAACAGUUUGGCUAAUUUGAAUAAAGCAGAUAGCAAUCGCAUGGACUCUUUAUCACAAAGAUCAACGCACACGUCCAGGUCACCCACUCCUACUAAAUCAAAAGAUCUAAGUAAGACUAGUACUAGCCAUGACUUGUCAGGGAAAAAUGAAAAAGUGAAUGGUGUGCCAUUGGGAAGGAGUUCUAAUGCAAAAAUCCAAAGCUGCAGCAGAAACUCCAGCAAAGGAGUAACAGUACUGCAGAGCCCAACCUCACAGAAAAAAUCACAUAGUGAAAUUAAAGCCAUGGCCCAAAGGACUAUUGUGGAAACUAUUUUAAAUAGCCAGAGAGCCAAAACAGGACCAAAGCUAAAGGGCCUCACUAUUAAAAGUAAAACAAAGGCAAAUUCAGAAGCUCCAAGCUUUAGUCCUGCAAAAGCUGGUGGGACUGAUCAGAGAAGAACGUCAGUUUCUCCACAGCUGUCACCCAAGCUUCCAGGAAAGAAAGUCUCUGUGUCCCGUCACCUGCCCACAAACAUGGACCCUGGCAAGGGCAUUCCACCAGUCUGCAAGACUCUGAAAUCUGAGCAAGAAACGAAACCCUCUCUCGCUGUACCUGAAGACGUGUCACCACACAGCAGCCCAGAGGAGAGCAGUGAAAAGCAAUCCAGGGGCAAUGGUGAAAUAAGCAUUGCUAGGGAAGUGGCGCAUCAGAGAGCAGGUGAAAAACAAAAAGAGAGACAGGCUUCAGAGCAGCACCAUGUGUAUAAUGAAAAGGGAGUUGAGAUGAGUACUAGUGAUUCCAAAGCUAAGGAAGUCUGUAACAGUGGUGUGAGAUUAUCCUCCUUCUUUCCCCCCCCAGCCCCAUCCUCGCAGCGGCUGAUGCUGAAAAAGUCAGAAGCUGCCAAUACAACAGAGGAGAUGGAGGAUGGCCAGUGUUUCACUCAGGUAAAGGAUGGGGAUGGAAAUCUGCACAAUGCAGCCAAAACUGUGACAAGGACUUACUCAAUGCCAGUCCAGUUGUCGAGUCAUUUGAGAGAGGACAGUAAUGUAAUAGAUGUUUCAGCACACCCAGUGCAAAGUGUUCAGAGCAAUAUUACAGGGAUGCUAAAAAUUGUCCAUCUCAGGGUGCUGAAUGGCCAGGGCACCCAGAAUGGAAAAGAACAAAUAAGCACUUCCCAAAGUGUCCAGAAACCAACUCUGGAGCAGCUCUCUUUAGCUAACACAAAUAGCUGCCCUGCCCCAGAUAAACUAAAAGCUUUCAAGAGAAAUUACUAUUACUAUGAAUUGAACUGGCCACAGGAAUCUACCUCAUCUUUCUCUGUGAAACAGAGGAUCAAAUCUUUUGAGAAUCUGGCAAAUUUCGAUAGACCAGUUGUUAAAGCUAUAGACAUACAUUCAGCCUCUAUGAGUUCUAAACCACAUGUCGGCCGACGAUCUUCUAGUGGGAUAGCCUCCAUAAGCACUACCAGCACACAUGAUGCAGUGCAGACAUUGAGACGAAGUUUGAGUUCAUGCAGCGACAAUCAAAGUCCAACAUACGCUCAGAAAUCACAAACAAAUGUAAUCUUAACUCACGUGCAGCAGAAUUCAGUAGACAGCAGCAAAGACGACAUUCAUUUAAAGAAAAGCCAGGGUGAACACACUUCAGGAGAGCCCCGUGUCUCAUCACCCACUGCACCGCACCUCCGAAGAAGCAGGGGUUGUAGCAGGCAGUCACUGUCCCGCAUGAAGCUCCGAGAGCUCAGAGCAUUGAGCAUGCCGGAUCUUGACAAGCUGUGCAAUGAGGACUUCUCGGUGGAACCCAAGGCCACCCAUUUCAAAACCGAACUGGAAAUUACACCCCGCAAAUCACUUGGCCUGCCUGUUGAAAACAUUUUAAAUCCGAAUGCAUCUUCUGCCCCCUCUAACUUUGCAAAACUGAAUCAUCUAUGUUCUAAAAGGAGCAGUCCUUGUAAUAGUGGCUCUGGGACUCCUGGGUCAGCAUCUGAUGAAGAUAUAACACAUGACUGUUCCCCAGAUAGGAAGCCAUCAGAAAAAAGCUGGUCUAUCAGCUUGGAUCAGCUAUUAGUCUCAACCUUGGACCAGCAGAAAUUGCAAUCUGUUUUAUCAUCAGUAAAGGCAAAAUGUGAUAUCAUUACAGUGCUCCAAGAAGUCAAAGAACAAGCAGAGAGCAAAGAAGAUGCUUAUUUUGUAGUCUUGAAUAAAGAAGAAGGUGCUGGCCUGGGAUUUAGUGUCGCUGGAGGGAUAGAUCUGGAGCAGAAAUCUAUCAUAGUCCACAGAGUGUUUUCAAAGGGUGUGGCAUCUGAAGAAGGGACUAUCCAUCGGGGCGAUUUCAUUCUGUCAAUUAAUGGCAUGUCUCUCGCGGGCUCUGUUCAUGGUGAUGUUCUGAACGCUCUGCAUCAGGCAAGACUGCACAAACAAGCAGUCGUUGUCAUUGAGAAAGAAAAAGGCAGAGAAAAGAUUUCAUCUGGACUUGAAAUAUCUGCUACUGUCAGAAAACACUUUGUGCCUGGAAGGAAUGCUACCAUGGAAAUAACAGGUCCCAAUGUGGACUUCAAUGAUGUCAUUGCUGUUGAACUAUGGAAAACCUCUGCUGGUUUGGGAUUCAGUCUUGAUGGUGGAAAAGCUUCAAUAUCUGGAGACCGACCUUUGCUUGUAAAAAGAAUAUUUAAAGGUGGUGCAGCAGAACAAGCUGGAAAAAUAGAAGCUGGAGAUGAAAUUGUAGCAAUUAAUGGAAAAUCAUUACUUGGUCUCAUGCACUAUGAUGCCUGGAACAUCAUUAAAUCUGUCCCAGAGGGACCAGUUCAAUUGCUAAUCAGAAAACAUAGAACUUUAGUAUGACAGAAGCACUUUUUCCAACUACAGUUGUCUAAGGCAACAUGUUCAUUAGAAGUAGACUUUUCAGAACGGACUACCAGCUGUCCUUACAUUUUGGAAGGUGUGUAAUAGUGACAUAAUGCUCUGUCAUGGCAUGCUAAAAGCAUCAAUGGACCACUGUGAUAUGCACGCAAGGAACAUAUCUGUUUCAUGCAGUGUUUUUGUAAAAAACUUUGCUUUCCAAGGAUAUAAGAAGCCAAACAGCAAAAGAACUGUUGUGUUAGGUGGUAUUUUAUUGGAACUUCAAAACCUUUUAGCAGAUUCUGUUUGGAAUGUUUUACCUGUUCCCAAUAUUUUUAGUGUUUGGAAAUCAGGAGAAUAACUCAUUAGUUGCUGUCCUGUUAAUGAGGAUGGGUUUUUUGACUGUAUACUAUAUCACUUAGCUAUAAUUUGAUUUCAACACACUGACUUGGGGUCUAGUCUGUAUUUGUUAUAAAAGGAGAGUGUCUGGAACAAUCUCAAUUUAUUCUUCUAAGAACAAUUUUGGUAAAAAGGCAUGACAAAAAAGAAAUAUAAUUUUGCACAGUUUUGUAAAUCUAGACCACAAACGCUUUAUCAUGAAGCUCAGAAUCAUCUUGAAAAUAAUGAACUGGACAUACAAUAUGGUUAAAUCUGUUCUCUAUGACAUAUUAUUAAAUCUGAACAUCAUUCCUUAUUAAUGCAUUAGAACUCGGUGUGCAGACCUUCGGUUAAGGGAAGAAAAUCUGUAGUAAAUAUUGGUUGACUAUCUGCAGAGGAUUAGAUGGUAGAAGUUUGGGUACAACAUGUGUGUAUCAUAGCAAGCUGAACUUUCAAAGGUGGGCUCCUAAAUUUUGACACACAAAUAAAAGUGGGAUGACUUCCAAAGGUGCUAUGCACUCCCAUUGUCUUUAGUGAGGGCUUAGCACUUCUGAAGACCCACUCAGCCAUACUUGUGGGAGUGGUUAUGAAUCAUUACUUUUCUUCUCCGAUAUUUAUAUUCAUGUAAAUGUGUGCCAGCAUGCAUAUUAUAAAUGGACUGGCUGAGGAGGAUUUUGAAUUAUGGAACUGACUUUAUCUGCAUAGAUGAUAACUCAUUAGAUGAAUAACCAUAUUGUAGAAACAAUUGAAUGUCACCUGCACUUUUCCUGGAUUUUUCACCAAUAUUUAAAGCAUGUAUCUGUAACAGGUUGUUUUCUUGUGUAUUCUGUGUAGUAUGCUAUUUGAGAGGAAGAAAGUAUAUGGCAUGAGAGGUUAGAACAAUUUAUUUGCUUAAGUUUCAGACAUCAAGUUGUUUGGUCCAGUAUCCUCAAAUUGCCAUAGGCCCAAAACCAGAAAAAUAACCCGGACCAAUAGAGGUGUUCCAAAUACAAACCUAGAGCCAGCCCAGCACCCUCCAAAUAUCCCCAGUAUUUAUAAUAAGUAUGUGGGGUUGAAAAGGUCUGGAAUGGGACCUGAAUAUUGUAGCUUGAACCAGUCUCUAGUGUAUACCAUAUUCAAAUCUAUUUGUUCUAAUGAUUUUUAUAGUCAACACUCUUUACUGAAUGAAGCAUUUUCUUUUGGUUAUGUUUCUGACUAGAAUACAACAAGUGCAAUGUGAAAAUUCAGAGUUCCUUGUGGCAUCCAGAGAUUGGGUGUACAGAAAAGUUACACAUCUUCUCUAUCUAGAUCUAGUAUAUUUGAUUUUUUUUUCAAGUUACAUGAAAAUUAGUGUGUCUAUCUAGGGAGAGAUGCCAACAAUUCUGUGUAGUUAAAAAAAGAAGGUGGGGCCAAGGCUUUCAAGUGCUCCACCCGCAGAAUUUCCAAUGAAGUUAUUAGAAGUUCUGCAUGUAGAGAGACUACAGAAUUGGAUCUGCUGCAUCCCUGAACCUGAAAUGAGCUCUGCUUUUGAUGCAACCUUGUUAUCUUUAGUGGGGUUUCAUGUGGGUUCAGGUUCCAUGUUGGAAGGAAAAGAUUAGCUUGAAUUUAUGCUGAAAGUCGUUAGUGAUGACAAACUGUGCAGCCUUCUUCAGGAAUGAUCAAAAUCUGAAGAAUUUCAUAGAUAAACAGUAUGUAUAGUAGAUCCAUAAAUAUGCAUGUAGAAUUUAAUGCAGUAUUGUGAAUACAUACAUAUAAAUAUGCACGCAACAGCAUUGGCACUUCGCUAUUUAAAAUAACUACCAUUGUGUUCUGAAAAAUGGCAUUUCUUUCCAGUCCAGCAAUAGAACUGUACUAAAUUUUGAACCAAGAAAUAUACAGAUCCCUCACUUGUGUGAACUCAGAGAAUAAGCUUUUCAUCUUGUGCAUUAAACUUACUAAAUUUGAGGUGUGUUUUGAAAAUCAUAUUUAAGGAAAAAUAAUUUUCAGACAUUUAUCUGCAGAUACUAUUCACUGCUUGAGAGUGAUGUAGAAGGCUUUCAUUCUUCCAUUAUCAAAUACACUUUUAUUUUACACACACUUAGAAAUGUAUAUUGGGCAAAUGCCAACAUAAAAAAAUAGGUGGGUUUUUGUACGUGUGAUAAAAUAUGAAAUGUAAUUUAAAGGAAUUAUGGGUUUAAUAUUUAAAUGCUAUGGUUUAUUAAUAGGUUCCAGACAUUAUGAUACAGUUCUGCUAAUGACAUUUUGAUAUAUAAUUACGUUUUAACCCUGACAUAUUAAGCCAUGUGAUCAUUUUUCUUGCCAAAGCUAUGUUUUGUAAUAGGAAACAAAAGAUCUCUGAUUCGAAAAGGGUUAAAAUGAUCAGCCAUUUUGUUGCACUAACAUUACUCAUCAAUUUAAAACAUUACUCAUCAGUUCCCAUGUUCUGGGAAUCUGCUUUCAAACAGGAAAGAGCAGAGAAAACAGCCAUUUGUGUGUUAUCAGUCAGGAUGUAUAUGGGCCAUUAAUUUGUCCUUGGCCCCCAGAUAGAUUUGCAAUUCUUCACCAUAGACCUGGAGAAGAGGGAAAUGGCUUUCACAGCAGGGCAGACUUUCUUCUGGACAAGCUGGCCUGCCACAGAGUUAGCAUUCAUUGCCUUCCAGGCCUGGAGCAGCUCAGAAGGAUGUGCAUAUUGGAUAUUGGGGUGGAUUGGGCUUUAGAAUGAUACUGGACAUACAGUGCCCUUCAGUCACAGUCCUUAAGCAGGAAAACCUCUCAUUGGCUCCUCUGGGAAUUGUUAAGGACUAAAGCCUGUAUUCAGGAGGAGGCUGUAUGGUUGGUUACAUUUCUCACAAUCCUAACAAAAGCCUUUUGCGGAUAAUAAAGUAUUAAGAAUUUUUGUGUGACAUUUCCAAUCAGCCCUCAUUCAGAAUUAGUCCUAAUGACAUUGUACCUUUUUUAUUUCAAAAGCUAGAUCCAUCAUCCACAGCCAGGUGUUGGAAUGGUUAGCUGCUUGUGUGUUUAGGGUGUGUAAAGUAUUCAUGAUGAAAAUAUUGAUGAGGAUUAGAGUAGAUUACGUGAAGCAUUGGAAUCCCAAACUAGUUAGGUUUUGUUUUCUGUUAAGCUGAUACACUUCUUGUAUUAUAUUGUAUAUUGACACUUAUUUAUAUAAAUAAUACUUCUUUUAUUGAACCCCCUUUAAAAUGCCUUGAAUAUUAUAAAAGAAAUGAGUGCAAUAAUAUGAAAUAGACUGUACAUUUUCAAAAGUUGCUUUCUUUGUUAUGUAAAUGUGCAUCUCCAAAAAUGUUUUUUAGUGAUUUUGAAAAAUAAAUAUUACACUUAGUACAUCACUUCCUAUUCAUUUCUAUAGCAAAAUAAGUGAGUUAAUGGUCUUGCCAGUUCGCUAUUUUAACAUACAACCUGUCAUUCAUGGAGGGAAUAUUCUUCUGGAUGACACAGCCAAACAUUUUGAAGCCUAAGAAAUGUCAAGCUAUAUAUCUAAUUAAGCUAAAAAAAAUCCUUAGAACUAUCAUUCAUUGGGAACUGGAUUUGCUUUAGCUGCUGUUUAAAUGUUUCAUUCGGUAGAGCUCUUUUGAGACUUGAUCUAAAAUAUAAUGAGUAUUUUUCAGGCAUGUUUAUAGGGAAGAUUCAAAUAGGUGAAACCCACAAUUUUUAUGAAUAAUUGAGGGCUCUGUGUAGUCUAACAACAAUGAAACAUUACACAUUUCCUACCCAGCACUCCUGCUUUAAAAAUAUAUCAGUGGACUCCAUGACAGAGGGUAUGUAUUAUGAUGUAUCAUGCUUCCUAUGCAGAAAAACUUAAAAAUGAUGAGUUACAAUUGUAUGUUACAGAUCAUUACACAAAUAAAAAGUUUUGUUCCACGUUGGUGAAUAAAGUGA